AUGAACUUAUUGGUAGUACUGUUAAUAGUUCCGGCAAUUUUUGCUGCCAGGUCGCCUUCACCACUCAAAAAACGUCUUCUCCACGAACGAAGCAAGCAUGUAAGUCUUUCUAAAAAAAGUCUAGAUGCUGAGUACCGCCUUCCCACCGAUCUGGUACCAACCCACUACAAGCUAGAUCUACAACUAGAACAAGACGUUUUCGAAACUAAUUCAUUCUCUGGUGUUGUUGACAUCGACAUUUCUGUAAUUACAACAACAGAUUCUUUCAAAUUUCACGCCAAGAAUAUCGAAAUAGGGUUAAUAGAAUUGUCAAGCGGGAAUAGUACUUUGGAUAUUGCGUCGACCGAAACCGACUCACUUACUGAUACAGUAACAGUAAACGUAGAGACGGAAUUGACUCAAGGAGAAACUUAUUUACUCCACUUAACAUACACCGGAAUUUUGAGCCCUACUGACUUGAACGGAUUUUACAAAAGCUGGUACACUGAAGGUGACACCGUACACUACGUAGCGUCCACAGAUUUCGAAGCAACAAAUGCAAGAAAAGCUUUCCCUUGCUUUGACGAACCUGCUUUGAAGGCUACGUUCGACAUUUCCAUCACUUUUCCCGCACACUUGAACGCCAUAGCUAACACGAACAUUUUAAACCAAGAAGACGUACCUGGAACAAACCUCACCAAAGUCACUUUUGAAACAACCCCUAUAAUGUCAACGUACUUGGUGGCCUUCGUGGUCUCAGAUUACACGUGCACACAAGGCGAGCCCAUUGAUGGUACUCCCACAGAAGUAUGUUCAAGAUCAGAAACAGAAAACACGCGCGGUACCGCUCUUGAAACGGCACCUCAGAUUCUCCGAAUCAUGGAAGGCUACACUGGUAUUUCCUACACGUCUUCGCACAUUGGUAAACUUACGCAAAUUUCGAUCCCUGAUUACGCUGCAGGAGCUAUGGAAAACUGGGGUUUAGUCACCUACAGAGAAACGUACCUUCUCUGGAACGAAGAAGAAUCGUCAAAUCAGUACCAACAAUACGUUGUUACAAUAAUUGCUCACGAAUUGUCGCAUCAGUGGUUCGGAGAUUUGGUCACACUGGAUUGGUGGAGUGAUGUUUUUUUGAAUGAGGGGUUUGCUACGUACUUUGAGUAUCAUGCAAGUGAUAAAUACGUUCCGGACUGGGAACUGUCAAAGCAGUUCGUUGUAGAACAACUCCAAGUGGCUUUGGAGAGUGACUCGUACGAAUGGUCGUUACCAUUGUCGUCGGAUGUGCAAACGCCCUCAGAAAUUGAUAAUAGAUUUGAUGACAUUUCUUACGACAAAGGUGGAAGCAUUCUGCGAAUGGUUCGAUACUUUCUAGGACUUGAUGCCUUUAAAGCAGGCCUUACGGACUAUAUCGCCAAGAAUAUGUAUUUAGUUGGUACACCUGAUAUUUUAUGGGAGUCGUUUGAAGCAUACACCCCAGAAAUACCAGCUACGAUGGUCGAAAUCAUGUCUAACUGGACCUACAAAUCGGGGUACCCCUUGCUUACUGUGACGGCCAGUGGUGACGACGUAACUAUUUCCCAGGAAUCAUUUCUCCUGUCUGGUACUUCCGAUACAACUUCGUACGUACCUAUCACCUAUACUUUAUCGGGCGAAGAUUCCACCAACACGACAACAAGAGCUUGGUUGACUCCUGGUCAAGACUUAACUUUAGUUGGGGUUUUAUCAGGUUCCAACUGGAUAGUUCUAAACAACGAACAAAUUGCUACUGUCUCGUUUUUCGUACGACUUUGUAUUCGUUUAAUUUUGUUAGGGUACUACCGAGUAAACUACGACGAGUCGCUUCUCCAAAAAAUUUCUCUAGCUCUUUCGCAGCCAGACUUCUCUGGUAUCAACGUCCUCAAUCGAGCUCAGAUUGCGGAUGAUCUUUUCAAUCUAGCCCAAGCUGGUCGAACCAAUUAUUCGAAUGUUUUAGACGCACUUUCGUUUUUGGAAAACGAAACAGAAUAUUAUCCUUGGGUUUCUUCUUUCUACGUUUUUAGUUAUCUGUUGAGACGAGUAGGAAACGCAGAGUUGCGAGAAGAAUUCAUAGGAUACGUUUCUGGUUUGAUGGGUUCAUUAUACGCCUCGACUCCUUUCGAUGUGGAAAAACCUGAAGAUCAAAUUUAUACGUUGAAACAAAGUUUGACUUUGUACUACGCUUGUACAUUUGGAAAUGCGGACUGUGCUGACAACUCUAAGGAAGCUUUUGUUAGCUACAGGGACAACGCUGUCAAACCCAGCCGAAAUUUGAAAGACCUUAUUUAUUGCAACGGGUUGCGUUAUAGCGACAAUUCUUCCCUAGAUUUUGAUUUUCUUUGGCAAAAGUAUACAGAGUCGCAACUUCAAACCGAGCAAGAAAUAAUUUUGGAAGCUCUAGGUUGUACAGCAGACGCAGAUUUAUUACAAACAUAUCUCCUAAAAACUAUCACUGAAGGAUCUGGAAUAAGACGACAGGACGUUUAUACGGUGUAUGCGUCUGUAUAUACCAGCGGUCCUGAAGGUGUUAACGCAGCUUUUGAUUUUGCAAUUACCAAUUACCUACAGUUUUUUUGGAGGAAGCGAUGAUUUAAACUAUUUGAUUUAUGUUGUGUCAAACAGGUUUACGACUGAAGAACAAAUACAGAAGCUAAGAGACUUCUCCGAAGAUCCGGAUUUAGAUGAUGAUAUAAGACUUUCUGCGCUAGAUGCUCUUGCCAAUGCGGAAAAUA